AUGCCAGUGACUCCGGCCCUCAUAUACCAAGCUACUUCAAGCCACCUAUACUCAACAUGGAGCUUUGAUGGAUUCAAGGGAAAAUUCAGUUGGAAUAACACUCUUCUUGUCCCUCUCGUCGCCACUCUCAUCUCUGGAGCCAUUCUAUUCUACCAAGUGGCAUUGGACCUAUGGAGAAAAUCACGUCGGAACACAUCAGAAGCUGACGCGUCCAAGUAUGCCACUGUGUUGAACAGCAAUAUACCUGUGGAAGGACCCGUGAGUAGAACCAAAAUUUACUAUGGAGUGCACGGUGGCUUCGUUAUCGUCGCGUUCAAGGUCGCGCGACUCGUUGGGUGCACCGCUCUCUUCGUGUUGUCUCUAAUCAACAUCGUUGGGGAGGCGGAGGGGCAUAGAGAUGUGUUUAAAGGGGUGUUUAAUUCUGGGAACUUGCUUGAGAUCGCGAUGGCCACUACCUAUUGGUAUGCCACUUUCCUCUCUGCGGUGUCCCUUCUUCCCAGCAACUCCACGCAAACUGCCGUGCGCCACGCUAAUUUCGUUCUGCUUACGACCUUCUCGGUGUACAUAUACCGAGAUAUCUGGCCUUUGGCAACCUUCACAGAACAUCCAGUAGAUACUUCGGAGGGCUCGAUUCUCUGGCUCAAGAUCGCCCUGUUAACCUUCACGGCCGUCCUCGUUCCUCUCUUCGUUCCUCGUAAAUAUGUGCCGGUCGAUCCUGAGAAUCCUGUGGAAGUUCCAGCACCUGAACAAACUGCGUCAAUUUUUUCGCUGUUCAUGUACUUCUUCUUGGAUCCCCUCAUUUUUGAAGCCUACAAAGUACCCCAUCUUUCGCAUACGCGCCUGCCACCACUUUGCGACUACGACCGUUCGAUCGAACUGGCCAAGAAUGCCUUUCCGUUGCUCGAUCCUUUCCGAGGAGCUAAAAAGCGACAUCUGUUCUUCAGUCUCCUACAGGUUUUCUUCUGGGAUUAUGUAGGCAUGGGUAUCGCCCUCACAGCGAGCAUCGUGGCGGGCUUCGCAUCUCCAGUGGCACUGAACAGAAUUCUCCACUACCUCGAAGGCGGCAACCAGCUCAUCCGCCCCUGGUUCUGGGUCGUCUGCCUCUUCCUCGGCCCCCUACUCGUCUCGCUCGGCUUCCAAUGGUACAUUUUCAUCGGCACACGGACGCUCGCGCGGAUACAGGCCAUCCUCACCGAGCUCGUCUUCGAGCAUUCCCUCCGUAUCCGAUUCAAGGCGGAGACGGAUAACACGGUGAAGGCCUCGACAAGCGGUGCUAUUACCCCUGCGGACACUCCGGAGACGGGCUCAAUCGCGGAGGGCAGUGAUACGCAGUCCGUGGCUACCUCGACGGCGGCAACAGCGACUGUGGUUGGCUCGGACGGGUCUAACGGCUUGAGUGGGUCGAACGGGAAGGGCAAGGGCAAGGCAGAGCCUGUUCCGGCGAAGGAAGGAAAGAAGAAGGAUAACCUCGUUGGCAAAAUUAAUACGCUGGUUACUGUGGAUGUGGAUAACAUCGUAUCUGGGAAGGAUUUCUUGAUGGUUUUCCUUCAAGUGCCUCUCGAGCUCGGGCUGGCUAUCGCAUUCCUUUAUAUCGUUCUUGGCUGGGCAGCCAUCGUCGGCCUUGUCAGCAUCGUUUGCCUCCUUCCGGCGCCUGGAAUCAUUGCGAGCUUGAUGCAAAAGAUUCAAGGCGCAAAGAUGGAGAAGACAGAUGCUCGGGUUGAAGCUGUAACAGAAACCAUUGGCGUCCUGCGCAUGGUCAAGCUCUUCGGCUGGGAGCAAAAGAUGAGCAAAACCCUUGGGGAUAAGAGGGACGAGGAACUGAAGUGGAUUUUCAAGGACAAGAUGUAUUCGCUCCUCAACGACCUCGUCAAUUUCAUGAUACCGACAGUGACGAUGCUUGUCACGUACGCGACGUACACCGUCAUCAUGAAGCAGUCAUUGAACGCUUCGAAGGUCUUCUCGAGCAUGGCUGUCUUCGAUAUCGUCCGUGGACUCCUGCACCGUACUUCUUUCUUUUUCUCGCAACUGGUCAAAGCCAAAGUAUCUCUCGACCGAGUCGGCAAAUUCUUGCGGGAAACGGAACUUUUGGACAUGUAUUCGGAAGAAACUGGCACUGAACUCGCUGUUGGUGGCGGGACCGAAGAUACAAACGUCAUCGGCUUCAACAAUGCUGUGUUUGCUUGGUCAAAGGAUGCUGAAGAUGGGAUACAAACACCCUCAGCGAGGUCGUUCAGACUCCGUGUUGAUGGCAAGCUGACGUUCCAGCGGAACGCUCUCAAUCUUAUCAUUGGGCCUACUGGUUCUGGCAAGACAUCCGUCCUCAUGGCUCUACUCGGCGAGAUGCACUUCAUGCCGACAUCCAUAGAUUCUUGGUACAAUCUUCCUCGCGAAGGAAGCGUAGCAUACGCUGCUCAAGAAUCUUGGGUCCAAAACGAAACUAUCCGAGAGAACAUCUUGUUCGGCGCCCCGUAUGACGAGGAACGAUACAACAAGGUUGUUCACCAGUGUGCAUUGACACGUGACCUCGAGCUUUUCACUGCUGGCGAUAAGACCGAAGUCGGCGAGAAGGGAUUAACUCUGAGUGGUGGCCAAAAGGCCCGAGUGACUUUGGCCCGAGCUGUCUAUUCAUCUGCUGAGAUAAUUCUAUUAGACGACGUUCUGGCAGCAUUGGACGUUCAUACGUCGAAAUGGGUUGUAAAAGAGUGCCUCCAAGGUGACCUGGUCCGUGGGCGCACCGUUUUGCUGGUGACCCACAAUGUUGCCCUUGCGAGCCCGAUCGCGGACUAUAUCGUCUCUGUAGGCCUGGAUGGCAUUGCGCGCGAAGUUAAGGACCUAUCUGCAUUCCUCGCCAAGAAUAAGAAGCUUGUCCGAGAACUGGCGAAAGAGGAAGAUGAAGCCAAAGUCGAAGAGGAAGUCGUCGAUGCUAUUAAGAAAGACGACAAGAAGGAAGGGGAUGGCAAGCUGAUCGUUGCUGAAGAGAUAGAAGAAGGCCGUGUAAGCUGGAAGUCAUUGAGACUCUUCCUUACAGGCCUUGGUGGAGAUCAUCUUACCAUAUUCCUUACGGCGUGGAUGGGUGGCAUGGCUUUGAUGCAUGCUGGCAACAUGUUCGCUAUCUGGUUUCUUGGACUGUGGGGUUCACAAUACGAGCAUAAACGUCCUGAGGAUGUUAACGUCUCGCAUUAUCUGUCGAUCUACUCCGCUAUCCUCGUAGGAGGGGUCGCUAGUUAUGGAUUUGCAGCGAUGAUAUACAACUUCGGCACUCUACGGGCAUCGAAACACAUUAACGCUAAAUUGAUAGACUCGAUCCUCACUGCUACUCUUCGAUGGCUGGAUGAGACUCCUGCGUCCCGCAUCAUCACAAGAUGCACACAGGAUAUCGCAACAGUUGACACAGCUUUGGCCUGGGGCUUUGCUGCUGUUGUCGAGCUAAUUCUAUAUAUGAUCAUCAAGCUAACUGGCGCUGUUCUUUUUACACCCCUUUUCCUUGUUCCUGGUCUUGUGAUUGCUGCUCUAGGAGUAUAUUUGGGAAAUAUCUACCUGAAAGCCCAGAUGUCUGUGAAGCGAGAAAUGAGCAAUGCCCGAUCCCCUGUUCUCUCUCAUUUCGGCGCGGCUAUCGCUGGCCUCACUUCCAUUCGCGCAUAUAGCGCUCAAAACCCCUUUAAGGCCGAGUCAAUGAAGCGUAUCGACCACUUUACCAAAGUUGCCAGGACAUCGUACAAUCUCAAUCGCUGGAUUGGCAUUCGCAGCGACCUGCUCGGUGCCGUGUUUACUGCAGCUCUAGCUACCUAUCUCCUCAUUAAGCGGGAUCUAAAUGCUGCUAAUACCGGCUUUUCCCUCAGCCAGGCUCUUGAAUUCUGCUCUGCUAUCCUGUACCUUGUGCGGUCGUAUAACGACUUCGAGGUUCAGUGUAACAGUCUGGAACGAAUUCAAGGCUAUCUCGAGAUCGAACAUGAGGUGACACCGACUGAUGAUGGCAAUCCUCCUGCUUCGUGGCCCACAAGUGGAGACCUUCGAGUUGAAAAGCUCUCAGCCCGUUAUUCAGCGACUGGACCUAAAGUACUUCAUGGCAUCUCUUUCCAUGUCAAAUCUGGAGAGAGAAUUGGGAUUGUUGGCAGGACGGGCAGUGGCAAGAGUUCGCUCACUCUUUCACUUCUUCGCUGCAUCUUGACAGAAGGCAACGUUUUCUACGACGGUGUACCUACGAGCAAACUCAAUCUCGAUACUCUAAGGUCGAAUAUCACGAUCAUUCCGCAAAUGCCCGAGCUGCUAAGUGGAACUCUGCGGCGAAACCUAGAUCCGUUCGACCAACACGACGAUGCCAUCUUAAACAGUGCACUUCGGGCAGCAGGGUUGUUUUCUCUUCAAAACGAGAUGGAUGAAGCACGCCUUACACUGGACAGCAGUAUCUCGAGUGGUGGCAACAACCUUUCCGUUGGCCAACGCCAGAUUAUCGCCUUGGCUAGAGCUAUCGUUCGGAAUAGCAAGCUACUUAUCCUCGACGAGGCUACCUCUGCUAUCGAUCACAAAACGGACUCUAUCAUCCAAUCGACGUUGCGCAACGAGCUUGGGUCCGAAGUGACGAUCCUCACCAUCGCGCAUCGGUUACAAACCAUCAUGGACGCAGAUAAGAUUAUGGUUCUCGAUGCCGGUCGUGUUGUGGAAUAUGAUUCUCCUCAAGUCCUCCUGCAAAAGAAAGAUGGACAAUUCAAGGCCUUUGUCGACGGCAGCGGAGAUAAAGAAGGCCUCUACGCCAUGGCCCAGAAGGCCGGUGGUUCUUAA